CGGCUCUAGCGGGAACACAAGCUUCUUAGGGGUCCCUAAGAGGAAGAAGAAACUCACACUGGUUUCUUUUUAGAGGGGAAAGGACUUUUAAGAGUUGCCACCAUGAAUGGAACAGAAGGUCCAAAUUUUUAUAUUCCCAUGUCCAACAAGACUGGGGUGGUACGAAGCCCCUUUGAGUAUCCUCAAUAUUAUUUAGCAGAACCAUGGAAAUAUUCCAUACUGGCUGCUUACAUGUUCCUGUUGAUCCUUCUUGGGUUUCCCGUCAACUUCCUAACUUUGUAUGUUACCAUCCAGCACAAGAAACUCAGGACACCACUAAAUUAUAUCCUUCUCAACUUGGCUUUUGCCAAUCAUUUCAUGGUCCUCGUUGGUUUCACUGUUACAAUCUACUCCUCAUUGCACGGCUACUUUGUCUUCGGACAGACCGGGUGCUACGUUGAAGGCUUCUGUGCCACACUUGGUGGUGAAAUCGCACUCUGGUCCCUGGUGGUUCUGGCCAUUGAAAGAUACGUGGUGGUCUGCAAACCCAUGAGCAACUUCCGAUUUGGGGAGAACCAUGCUAUCAUGGGAGUAGCCUUCACUUGGAUCAUGGCUUUGGCAUGUGCUGCUCCUCCUCUCGUUGGAUGGUCCAGGUACAUCCCUGAAGGAAUGCAGUGCUCAUGCGGGAUCGAUUACUAUACUCUGAAACCUGAGAUCAACAACGAGUCAUAUGUCAUUUAUAUGUUCGUUGUCCACUUCAUCAUUCCUCUAGUGGUCAUUUUCUUCUGCUAUGGCCGUCUGGUGUGCACUGUGAAAGAGGCUGCAGCUCAGCAACAAGAAUCAGCCACAACCCAAAAGGCUGAGAAGGAAGUCACAAGAAUGGUCAUCAUCAUGGUUGUUGGCUUCCUGGUUUGUUGGACGCCCUAUGCAACUGUGGCAUUCUUCAUCUUCACCCACCAGGGUGCUGACUUUGGGCCAGUCUUCAUGACAAUCCCUGCUUUCUUUGCCAAGAGUUCUUCAAUCUACAACCCUGUUAUCUACAUUGUCCUAAAUAAACAGUUCCGUAACUGCAUGAUCACCACCCUGUGCUGUGGCAAGAAUCCCUUUGGUGAUGAGGAGACCUCAUCUGCAGCCACCUCCAAGACAGAAGCUUCAUCUGUCUCCUCCAGCCAGGUUUCUCCAGCAUAAGAUCUUCAACCAAGCCUGUCUCAGGAUCCGCUGCCUCAUACAGUUCAAACUACCCCGAUUUCGUCAAUAUGUUGCUAAGGCGACGGAUUUCACAGUGUAACCCUUAACCCCACUUGCCCCGGCCCGCUGGAGGCGAGUGCAUGUAUUGAGCCCUUCGCUGCUGAAAUGGACUCCAUUACAUUGCUUUUGCAAUACUAUGAGGUCCUUGGGGCAGCGAAGGGGUUCAAUACUGAAAAUAAUGGCUGUACAUACUUCGAGGCAAAUUUCCCAUUAGUUUAAAUAUUUUACCCAGAAGAACACAAGAGACUUUGGAAAUGUCCGACUAGCCGUCAGUUUUGGGGUGACAGGAUGAUGCUGCUGUGUCUCUAGCCGGUUUGCCCCUCCAAUUUUACAAUGCAACUGAAGGUUAUUUUUGUAAUAUAAUAUCAGAUCUCCAAUCAGCUCCUUUCGUGAGGAUAGACAGACCCUUCGCACAGAAACCCUGUAAUAAAGAGCACUUUGCAAGUAAAAAAAACAAAAAAAAAAUCAAAA